GUGUGUUACUAAUUCGGGGCGCACAAAACGUAGCAGCCUUCAUACUUUUAUGUACAUACAUAUCUCAAGAAAAUUCGUGUUAUUGUUGAAAUAAUAUAUUAUUGAAAUUAUAUCGUUGAAAUAAAAAGCGUGUCAAAUUUUAGUCACAGCACAAUGUCAACACGAUGGUGAGUCACGUCGGCAACGGUAUCCACUGUACCAGAGAGGUAAUCCACAACUGAGAGUGUUUCUGCCCAAUUUCUGGAUGAAGCUAAUUGCUCCAACAUACAAGCAGCCAUCGAACGUGGUGAAUUUCCAUUGUUCCAUGGAAAUGACAAAGCAUGAUGUAAAAAAUUACCUAGAGAAGAUUUACAAUGUUAAGGUCAUGUUUGUGAGAACGAGAAUAGCUGCUGGGAAAACAAAGAAGCAUGAAUUCCAAAGUGGAGCCAUUAUUAAAGAAGAUGACAGGAAAUUAGCUUAUGUCGGACUGCCAAAGGAUCAGUCGUUUGUAUUCCCUCAGUUAUUCAAGGAAGCACAGAAAGAGGUAGAUGAAGAUAAUGUGGAUAAAUCUAAGGCUGACUUGAAAAACUUUAUAGAUUCUAGCAAGGCACCUGGUUUACCUCCUUGGUUUAGGAUGUAAUAUAUAUUGUAAAAUAUCUUUAAAGAUCUAUACGAACAAUUAAACAUACUCUUUAAUA